AUGUCCGGAGCUCAUACAGAUCAUACCUGCCCGUCUCCAGCAGGAAGAUGGCACUAGCAAGAGACGAUUCUAUCCAGCACCCAGAUUUCCGGAGUGCUGGAGAGCAGCGGGAAAGUCCCGGACCCCUCCACGUAUCAGACUUGACUAGUCCUCGGAGACCUCACAAACUGGAACCACUGCAACAGCAACAGGGCGGCUCGGGCGAGGGAGGGGGAGGGGGAGCGACGAAGACGAAGAGGAAGAAGACGAGGAUAAAGAGGCAGGGAGCGGUGGGCGAGCUGCGGGGAGAUCUAGACGGUCGAGAGGAAGCCUCGGAAGACCCGCUUCUGGAUGCCUCCACGCUGCAGCAAAUGCAGGCCAGGCUGGAUCCGCUCUACAAUCCACCAACGAAUGUUGAGCCGCAGAAAACCACCACUUUCAGCAGUGGCUCUGAAUCAGCUCCAAUAAGAACUGUAGUUGAAGAUGAGAUGUCAGGAGAGAGAGGGAGGAGAGGGAGAGAAGAGGGGGAGGGAAGAGGAGAAACUGGUAGCAGGAAGAGGAGGCGUAAGAGACGGACUCGCAGGGAGAGUGGGUCUGAGUCGAACGAUCGGGAGCCUGGCCCGUCAGAUGAGCAAGAGAGACCAGGGACACCCUUGGCAGCUACCACCAGUCACAGUCCAACUCCACCUUCUCAGACAGAAGGAAGUAGCAGAGUUGCUGCCACUGUUCCCCACUACUUUCCCCCACGGGAUGAGAUCCAAGAUGAGGAGGGGUGUGCGGAGGGGGGGAAAGGAGGAAGGGAGAGGGUGGUGGAGGGUGCCUCUCCUGUUACAGUCUCACAUCAUCUCAGUCAGUCUCCAGGCCUUGUCUUUGUAGAGAGAGCAGAUGGGCGUGGUUUUGAUGUCCGACACAAGUCAAGCAGUGUUGCUCCUGCCAGUGACGACACACAAUGUCUCAAAUUAAUGGACAGACCAAUAUCCAGUGAACUAGCUGCCUUGUAUUCCCAUCAGUUGGUGCAGAGAAUAUCGGUCACUGCACAUGGUCUCUUAGCAGGCAACUGUUCAUCACUCUCAUGCCGUGUAAUGUACUGCGUGAUCUGUUUGAGACAAAGCAUUAGGAAGCUGAACCUGCAAUGAACUCACAAACCUUUCGGUGCUAAUGAUGCUACUUAAUGUUGCUGUACAUGUACAGGUCUGUCGCUGUGGGAUUGUGUCGCGAGCAACGUGAUAGGCUCUCUGCCUGGGAGACACCUGACUCUGCUCCAGUCCUACCACCUCCUGUCCCUCCCCGCCCACUCCCUCUACCUCCUCUUCCUCUCCCUCGUCUCCCUCUCCCUUCUGGACAGGCUGGACCUGGCGAGAGCUGGCAGGCAGUGCUGCCAGUUCAGUCUACGUUCUCUGCCUGGUCUGGCAGUACUGGCAGCCACUGCACUCACAGGAGUGGCCUUGAUUCUGAGUCUUAGUCUAGCUGCCACUGAUGACAGGGUUUCCCUCUUUCCCGAUCAGCCGUCCCUCUGGCCUGACAUUGUCACUCCUCGCAACCUCACCUCCACCAACUCCACACUCCACACCCUCACCACCCACACAGUCUCCAGUGACACUGCCUACUUCCCGACCUCCAACGACCCCACGACCCCUGCUCUGGGGGCAUGGCUGGGUCUGUCUGCAUUCCGUUCCAUCUGCUGUGUCCUGGGAUGGGGACUCCUAGUCCUGGCUUCCAGUCACGACAGAAUGGAAGAGUAUAUAUCAGACAUGUUGGAGAACUCGGUCAAGGCACAACAGCAGUCAAUGGUACCUUGCGGUGCUCCAGACACUACCACUCAAGAAGACCCUCCAGGCUCACUCCAAACAGAGCCCACCACAACAGAUACACAGCUCAGAUUUCCUCCAGCAUAACUAAACACUACACACGUCAUAGUGAGAAUGCUGAUGGCGUUGUGCACUGUAUUAUGAAGCAAUGCUGGCAUGUGCUUUGGGAAUAGCGUCUAUAUUAUAAUGUAUAUACACCACUGGUGGUUUUGAAAUCGUUUGAGUGAAAUUUGCUUCCAAGUUGUUGAGUUAACAAAUGAGUGUUUGGUAGACAGUAGAAAAUACAGACCUACAACAAAGCAAAAAAAGCCAGCCAGCCUAUUCACAAUUCCGAUCUCUGUUUCAUUUUCUUUUUCAUGAGUUCAAUUUGCCUCUGAACCGCCUUGUCCCUCACCUCCUUCUGCCGACCGUCAAUCUCGGCCACUUGCUCUGCAGCUUUCUGUGGUGAGAGAGGAAAGACCUGUGCAAUACACACAGCUCCAUUCUCCUAUAUAUACCUGUUGUUUAACUUCUUGUUCCUGCGCCUUCUUCUCUCGUAUUACCUCCAAAAUCUCCAGUGGAGGCUCUGCAUAG